UAUAAUCGUCUUUCCAGUAGGGCGGUUUUGUUUUUUUGGAGAAAACGAAAGCGAUCUGCGGCUGUUUCCAAUGAGCAAAGUAUUUACAAAGAUUGGGACGCGAGGACCUCGAACCUAGGCCCUCUCUCCUUUGACUCCAGUCACCAGCUCUCCACGAGGUACUGGAAUCAAGAUGGCGGCUACUGGAGUCGUACGUCCUAAAACACAUCGUGGAAAGCGUGUAAUCGAACAACGUGCUCCCAAAGAUUUGGAAAACACAAAAACUGCGUUGUUCAUGCGAGGUGGUAGGACCAGCGAAACAGUGACUCAAGCCAUGAAAGACCUUUGUUUACUUAAAAAGCCCAAUUCAGUCAUGUUUCAAAGGAAAAAUAUCAUGAGACCAUUUGAAGAUCACACCUCUCUAGAAUUCUUCAGUGUUAGAAAUGAUGCAUCUUUAUUCCUUUUUGGUUCACAUUCCAAGAAAAGACCUCACAAUCUUGUCAUUGGACGUUGUUUUGAUGGUCAUAUCUUGGACAUGAUUGAAUUAGGAAUUGACAAAUUUAUAUCUCUAAAUGAGAUAAAGACUCGCAAGUGUUCAGCUGGUACAAAACCCUGUUUGCUAUUUUCUGGGCAAGUUUUUGAAAAUGAUGCAACCUACAAACGAUUGAAGAGUAUUCUCAUAGAUUUUUACAGAGGACCAGUAAUAGAGAAAGUUAGGUUACAGGGACUAGAACAUGUGCUUCAAUUUACAGCUGUUGAUGAUAAAAUCUAUCUGAGAAGCUACAGAGUGUUGUUGAAGAAAUCAGGAAGCCGUACUCCACGAGUUGAGGUUGAAGAAAUGGGCCCAUCACUAGACUUGGUACUAAGAAGAACGCAUUUGGCAUCAGAUGAUUUAAUGAAAGCUGCUACAAAAGUACCAAGGGUAGUGAAGCCCAAGAAAGUGAAGAAUAUGUCAUAUGAUGCAUUUGGCACCAAAGAAGGGCAAGUGCACAUGCAACGACAAGACUAUGGCAAGCUACAAACCAGGAAAAUGAAAGGACUCAAAAGACAACUGGACACUACAGAAACAUCACCACAGAAAAACAAAGUUAAAAAGAAGAAAUAACACCUGGUUGUAGAAUGUUUUGAUAACAGAAAUAACACAAUGAGCACUGUCCAUGCAGAAAUUAACAUUUGCAACAGUUUGUAGGAACAUUCUUUAGUGUAUUAAACGGUGCUUCUCUGAAGUCCUUUCACAUUUACUUUACUUUGGGCUCCUUCCUCUUGCAUUAACAACACAAAGUCUAAAUGUCACAGUGAUUAAACAAGUCAACAAAAUAAUGUUGUGAAGUAUACUACCAUAUUCUCAGAACCAACUUACACAAUUAAAUUUUAAAACUAUCUCCAAUCUUCCGACCUACCCUGUAGAAAUAAGGGGUUUCUAGAAAUCCAAGCUACGAAGAGGCAAAGUCUGCACAGAGCCAUAUUUCAUCAGGUUGCUCUAAUGCUUUGCCAGUAUUUGAUUAUACAUAUAAGCACUCUUGGCCAAAGAGUGAUGAGAGAGAAGCACUGUGAAUGUUAAGUGUCUAAUAACUCUUCCCCAAGAACACGACACAGACAUUAGUCAGCACUCAGAUCAAGACUGCUUGACCCAGAGUUCAAUGGUUGACCCUUAACAGGGCUCAAAACUAAAUGCACCUGUCCUGCUGGCUAGUGUCACUGCUAAAAGUGUGGUUAAAUUAACUUGCCAAAUUUUUCUCUACUCAGUUUUCAGGACAUAAUUAUUAAUUUUUUUGCAUGCUUCACUACAGCUCAACACGUCUGGAAUUGAAACUCUUAAUAAAAACUGUUGUAAUUGGAGAGUUAAAGUAAAGUAAUAAAUAACUAUUAAUACGCUUUCUCCAUA